CGCAGUUACAGCGGGUCUCCUGCCGCCAAAGCCUCAAGAACCCCAGAUUCAGCGCCUCAAGCCUGGAAGCUCCCCAGUUCUUCGUGGCCCCCAACAGCUCCGGAACCCCAGCCGCUGCAACUCUCCGCGUCCGAGAUCCAGCACCCCGCAGUCUGCGCUCGCACCAUGCAGCUAAAGUGUUCCUGUUUUGUGUCCUCGGGAACCAGGCAGCCUGUUUGGAAGAAGCUCCAUGUUUCUAGCGGGUUCUUUUCUGGUCUUGGUCUGUUCUUGCUGCUGUUUAGCAGCCUCUGUGCUGAGACUGAAGUUGAGGAAGUCCACGCAAUGGUGGGCAGCAAUGUGACGCUCAGAUGCAUUGACCCCCACAGACGCCAUUUCAACUUGAGUGGUCUGUAUGUCUAUUGGCAAAUCGAAAACCCAGAUGUUUCGGUGACUUACUACCUGCCUUACAAGUCUCUAGGAAUUGAGGUGGACAGCUCCUACAAGAACAGGAGCCAUCUGUCCCUGGACUCCAUGAAGCAGGGCAACUUCUCUCUGUACCUGAAGAAUGUCACCCCUCAGGAUACCCAGGAGUUCACAUGCCGGGUAUUUAUGAAUACAGCCACAGGGUUAGUCAAGAUCCUGGAAGAGGUGGUCAGGCUGAGUGUGGCAGCAAACUUCAGUACACCUAUCAUCAGCACCUCUGAUAGCUCCAACCCGGGCCAGGAACGUACCUACACCUGCAUGUCCAAGAAUGGCUACCCAGAGCCCAACCUGUAUUGGAUCAACACAACGGACAAUAGCCUAAUAGACACGGCUCUGCAGAACAACACUGUCUACUUGAACAAGUUGGGCCUGUAUGAUGUAAUCAGCACAUUAAGGCUCCCUUGGACAACUCGUGGGGAUGUUCUCUGCUGCGUAGAGAAUGUGGCUCUCCACCAGAACAUCACCAGCAUCAGCCAGGCAGAAAGUUUCACUGGAAAUAACACAAAGAACCCACAGGAAACCCACAAUAAUGAGUUAAAAGUCCUUGUCCCAGUCUUUGCUGUACUGGCGGUAGCGGCAUUCGUAUUCGUUUCCUUCAUCAUAUGCAGAUGCAAGCGUCCCCACCGAAGCUAUACAGGACCCAAUACUGUACAGCUUGAACUUACAGGUGAGUCUGCCUGCAGGGAGAAGCCAGUUGGCUGAGCUGUCAUGACCUUUCAUACCUUCGGCUGGUAGUUUUCCAUACCUGAGGAUUCCCAAGAUGCAGAAACCCUGUCCUGUGGUGGAAACUUCUGGAUAGCAGACAGCCUGUCAUAGGUCUCUGUGCCCCUCCUGCCUCUGCUCUGCAGGACCCCAUAGACUGUGACUCUGGCAGCCCAGAGUCCCUUGGUGGAGGUGUAUACUCUAUAGUUUCAAAAACAGUUGCAGGUGGAUUUGGUAAUCUCCAGAGGUGUGGAUUCAUAUCUUGAUUAUCCACAGAGGUAUCAGUUGACCACGGGGAAAUAUCCCUGGCUUUAAGUAUUUUUACUACCUCAAAGUGACUGUGCCUUCCCAAACCUGGCUUUUUCACGUUAGAGAUGGUAGUAUGUCUGGUCCCCUUGGUGCAGUGGGGGCUUGUUUGCUGACACCCACUGCCCCACUCCUGUGAACAAGCUAGUGUCAGGCCACUUUGGAGCAUGUGUUCUGGGCCACCUAGUCCUAACCCAGUCAUGUGACUGCAAUAGCGAGCUGCUUCUAGUUUUUAGCCCCUUUCCCUCACCAGUCUGAGUCCUGGGAAGAAUCAUUUCAUUGUCUACAAAAUUAAAACACUGAGCAUGGUUCAGUGGCAUGAGCUUGCCUGGCAGGCAUGAGGCGGCAGGGCUUGCCUUCACCUUCCUCUCUCUUCCCUCCAAGACCACGCCUGACAGGAAGGACUCUGCCCAGGAUAUGGACAGGGUUUCUGUGAGUUGCCAUCAGGUGGAUGUCAGACACAGCUUCAGAGUGGACCCCCACAGGCUUGGUGACAGAGGACAACGAGCUGUCUGCUUAUGGGCUGUGAUGGAGGCCAGGAAUCCCUGGCUUUACGAGGCACAGAGACUUCAUCCCAGAAACCCCGAGGGAGAUCUCUCCAGCGGGCAGCAGCAACAUCAUCGGAAUAUGGAGCCUCCGGUGAGCUUUUGGCACAGAGAGCAGCAGCUUGUGAGAAGAUCCUUCCUUGGCACGUGACUACUCAGUCCUAGGAGCUUUAUAAAAGAGCAUUUGAGCCAAUCACUCUGAAAGCCCUACAGAGUCUACUGGAGACUUUCCCUGCAGGACCUUCAGUGGAGGAGGAAGCCUGACUUUAUUUAGGUCUCAGGCUACUUGGGCCUCCUCGAGGAUAUGUGGGAUUUUGUCUACAGCAAACCUGUUGCUGGCUGACAAUGGUUGGGCUCAGAGGCACUCAGCUUCAUAACAUCAAUGGGACAUGCCUCAAAGCAAAAUACUUCCCAUGUUUACAUACGGGUGCUUCUCCCUCAUCCUUGAAGGCUCUUAAGCCUGACUUCCUGUGGCUACAGAAGCUUCCUGAAAGCCUUGAGCUCUUUCAGACUGAACAGAAAACGGGAGGACAGCUUCACCCAGUCUCAGCAGCCCGUGAAGAUCUCAACUCCGGCCUCCUGGGUCUCCAUGUUGCCGGCCAGAAUAGAGCUAGCUCUUUUGUUUCGAGAUGGUUCUGCAAAGUUGGCUGCUUGGAAACCUAGGGAUGUAUGUACGAGCUCCGGGCUGAUGCAGUAGGGGGCAUGGAACACAGUAUCUGACCCUAGUUGAGGGCAAGCUCCUUCCCACGCAGAGGACUGGAAAUUCUGGACCAUCAAGGCCUGUCUGCUAUGUGGCUGGGGCUCAGUGCUGAUGGAUGUGUGAGAUCUCAGGAAUGAGGAGUGAGAACCCUGGGCUCAGGACUAGGAAGACCUGUCCUUUUUUUUUUUUUUUUAAUGCCCACAUGGACUUUUUAUUCUUCACACUGACUUAUUCAAUGAGUGUAGAGAGAGAACCACUUAAGUUCUUCCCGAGAACAAAGCAUUACUUACCUGCAGAAUAGCAACUGUUGUUACGGGUCUUGAGUUGGCAGCUACAGCAAACAAGCACAAGGAGCAGUUCGGGUGCAGGAAGAUGGGGACAGACAUUUGGGAAUUAGUGGUCUCCCUGAGGCCCAUGGCUUCCCAGGAACUCAGGUGGGUCUGUGGCAGCCCAGUAGGGGUAUUCCUCCUACUUUAACUUUCUUGUCAGAGGUAGUUUAGGUUCAGAGAGAGGUCAACUCAGCAAGCCAGCUAGCCGCCAUGGGGCACCAGACCCACCGCCCCCCACCCCCUGCUUAUGUAGGCAUUGGGAACCCUUCACAGACCACUGGCUGUACAGUCACCAUCACCUGCUGAUCCCAGCAGGCCCCACCUUCCUGUGGAAUCCUGGGAGCACUCCCCCCUCCCCCCUCACUGCACCCCCACCCCAGCACAUCAGCAUUCAUUAGAUUUGCCCUGUAACCUCUGACUCCUCCUUUAUCUGGGUUGUAGAUGGGGCAUAGUGACUUCUAGAAACCU